AUGCAGCUCGUUCCAAAGGAGCUUGAUAAGCUCACUAUUGCGCACCUCGGGUUCUUGGCACAGAGACGUCUAGCACGUGGAGUGCGGCUCAACCAUGCUGAAGCUGUGGCCUUGAUCUCGUCCGUGCUGCACGAGCUAAUCCGCGAUGGCCACUACUCCGUCGCCGAUCUCAUGUCAAUCGGCAAAACAAUGCUCGGCCGUCGCCACGUCCUCCCCCUCCGUCGUCGCAACACUAGUGAUCUCGAAAGAGCGCUGUACGGCAGUUUCCUGCCCGUGCCUGCGCCAGAGGCCUUCCCCGAUCCCGAUCCCGAGGACUUCCACCCGGAGAAGAUGCCUGGAGCGGUUAUUCCGGCCAAGCAUGCGCGCGUCGAAUUGAGCAGUGGGCGAAGGCGCAUUAAGUUGAAGGUUAUGAGUAAGGGCGAUCGGCCGAUUCAGGUUGGAUCGCAUUACCAUUUCAUUGAAACGAACCCGCAGCUGCACUUCGACCGCAUCCAGUCCUAUGGAUUCCGGUUGGAUAUUCCCGCUGGUACAUCCAUUCGUUUCGAGCCUGGCGACACCAAGACCGUGACACUGGUCGAGAUCGGCGGCAACCGAGUCAUCCGCGGAGGAAACUGGUUGGCAAAUGGACCUGUUGAAAUGAACCGCGCCGAGGAGAUCGUGACCAAAUUGCAGACUGCCGGUUUUGCGCAUGUGCCUGAACCACAGGCCGAUCGUGCGCUUGUUUCUGGGUUCUCCAUGGAGCGCGAGGCGUACUCGCGCAUGUUUGGUCCUACGACUGGUGAUCUGGUUCGAUUGGGCUUGACUGAUCUUUGGAUUCGGGUCGAGAAGGAUCUGACGAAUUAUGGUGAUGAGUGUGCCUUUGGUGGUGGUAAGACACUGCGUGAAGGUAUGGGUCAGGCCUCGGGUCGCGGCCAUGCGGAGUGCGUUGAUACUGUUAUUACGAAUGCCUUGAUCAUCGAUUGGACUGGCAUCUACAAGGCCGAUAUUGGUAUCAAGGAUGGGAUCAUUGCUGGCAUUGGCAAGGCUGGAAACCCCGAUGUCAUGGAUGGCGUGCAUCCCGAUUUGGUUGUUGGUUCGUCGACGGAUGUCAUUGCUGGCGAGAACAAGAUCAUUACUGCUGGUGGUAUUGACACGCAUAUUCACUUGAUCUGUCCUCAGCAAGUGGAUGAGGCCCUGGCCUCAGGUAUCACCACCUUCCUUGGUGGUGGAACCGGUCCUAGCACUGGAUCAAACGCGACAACUUGCACCCCCGGACCAAACCACCUGCGCCAGAUGAUGCAAGCAUGCGACAGUCUACCCAUCAACAUCGGAAUCACAGGAAAGGGCAACGACUGCGGCCGAAAGAGCAUCGAAGAACAAAUCCUAGCAGGAGCAGCCGGUCUCAAGCUCCAUGAAGACUGGGGCUCAACCCCAGCAGCAAUCGACAAGUGUUUGGAACUCUGCGAUGAAUACGACGUGCAAUGCAUGAUCCACACUGACACCCUCAACGAAUCCGGCUUCGUCGAGCAAACAAUCGAAGCCUUCAAGGGCCGCACGAUCCACACCUACCACACCGAAGGCGCAGGAGGCGGCCACGCACCCGACAUCAUUUCCGUUGUCGAACACCCCAACGUCCUACCAAGCAGCACAAACCCAACCCGCCCCUUCACCCUCAACACCCUGGACGAGCACUUGGACAUGCUAAUGGUCUGCCACCACCUAUCAAAGAACAUCCCAGAGGACGUAGCCUUCGCGGAAAGCCGUAUCCGCGCGGAAACCAUCGCCGCCGAAGACGUUCUCCACGACCUCGGCGCAAUCAGCAUGAUGUCCUCAGACUCACAGGCCAUGGGCCGCUGCGGUGAAGUCAUCCUGCGUACAUGGCACACAGCGCACAAGAACAAGACGCAGCGUGGACCACUUGGAUCGGAUGCCGAUAGUGGCGCUGAUAACUUCCGCGUUAAGCGGUAUAUCAGCAAGUAUACCAUCAACCCGGCCUUGGCACAGGGCAUGGCGCAUGCCAUUGGUAGUGUGGAGGUUGGAAAGGUGGCCGACUUGGUCAUGUGGAAGGCUAGUAGCUUUGGAACGAAGCCGGUCUCCGUGAUUAAGAGUGGUAUGAUUGCCGUUGCGGAGAUGGGUGAUCCGAAUGCUUCGAUCCCGACCAUUGAACCGAUGAUUAUGCGGCCGAUGUUUGGUGUACGCGUCCCCCAAACAUCCAUCAUGUUCGUCUCGCAGGCUUCUAUCGAUGCUGGAAUCGUCCAGUCAUAUGGAUUGAAGAAAAAGAUCAUUCCCGUUAAGAACUGUCGUACUAUCGGGAAAAAGGAUAUGAAAUUCAAUGACACAAUGCCGAAGAUGAAAGUUGAUCCGGAGAGUUAUACCGUCGAAGCAGACGACAUGCUCUGCGACGCCGAACCAGCCUCCGAACUACCCCUGACACAGGCAUACUAUAUCUUCUAG